AUGGCGUCGCUUCAGAUCAGCGGCUCCGUUAACUUCGAGCCACUCGUCGGAUUGAACCGAACCGGCCAUUUCCGUCCGAUCGGUAGCCUCGGUUUCUCUCGUUUCCGUCCGAGAUUCAGUAGCGGACGGCCGUUGUUGCUUCUCCGUUCUUCUUCCUUCUCCGGCGACAAAAUCAUUGCCUCUGGAGAGUCUAAAGGUGAUGACAAAGGUUUCAUCACAGAGGCACAGAGAGAUGGCUCUGGCUCCGUUCUUGGGUUUCAGCUCAGUCCUCCUGGUGAUCAAGAAAUUUCCAAAACUAAUAUUACGCAUCAAGAAGAGAAGAAAGAGGCCGUUAAUGAGACAGAGAUGGCAGAUUUUGGUGUACCUGGAAACAGAGCUGUUGAGAAAGGAGCUGAGAAAGUCGGAGUCACGAUCAACAAAGCUGAAGUAAUCAACAACCUCGUUUUCGUGACGUCCGAGGCAGCUCCUUACUCGAAAACAGGAGGGCUAGGAGACGUCUGUGGCUCUUUGCCGAUAGCUUUGGCUGUGCGUGGACACCGUGUAAUGGUCGUCUCUCCUCGGUACCAGAAUGGAACCGCUGCAGAUGGUAACUACGCCCGGGCUAAGGAUUUAGGGGUCCGUGUCACCGUUCAAUGCUUUGGAGGCUCUCAAGAAGUUUCCUUCUAUCAUGAAUACAGAGACGGUGUUGAUUGGGUUUUUGUUGAUCACCAAUCCUAUCAUAGACCUGGUAAUCCAUAUGGAGAUAGUAAAGGAGCCUUUGGUGAUAAUCAGUUUCGGUUCACUUUACUUUGCCAUGCAGCGUGUGAAGCUCCACUGGUGCUGCCUCUUGGAGGGUUCACUUACGGAGAGAAAUCUCUCUUCCUUGUCAAUGACUGGCAUGCCGGACUUGUUCCCAUACUUUUGGCUGCAAAGUAUCGCCCUUACGGAGUUUAUAAGGAUGCAAGAAGCAUUCUCAUUAUACAUAACCUUGCUCAUCAGGGAGUGGAGCCAGCAGCUACUUACAGCAACUUGGGAUUGCCUUCUGAAUGGUAUGGAGCGGUCGGGUGGGUGUUUCCAACAUGGGCAAGAACUCAUGCUCUUGACACUGGUGAAGCGGUUAAUGUUCUCAAGGGUGCUAUUGUGACCUCUGACCGUAUCAUCACUGUCAGCCAGGGCUAUGCAUGGGAGAUCACUACUGUGGAAGGUGGAUAUGGUCUGCAAGAUUUGCUUUCUAGUCGAAAGAGUGUUAUCAACGGGAUCACGAAUGGAAUCAAUGUUGACGAGUGGGAUCCGUCCACGGAUGAACACAUUCCUUUCCAUUACUCUGUUGAUGAUUUCUCCGACAAGGUCAAAUGCAAGAUGGCACUACAAAAGGAACUGGGACUUCCCAUUAGACCUGAAUGUCCUAUGAUUGGGUUUAUAGGAAGACUUGAUUACCAGAAAGGGAUUGAUCUGAUCCAAACCGCCGGUCCUGAUCUAAUGGUGGAUGACAUUCAAUUCGUAAUGCUUGGUUCAGGUGACCCAAAAUUUGAAAGUUGGAUGAGGAGUAUGGAGGAAACAUACAGAGACAAGUUCCGCGGUUGGGUUGGCUUCAACGUUCCCAUCUCUCACCGCAUCACGGCCGGCUGUGACAUUCUUCUGAUGCCUUCAAGAUUCGAGCCCUGUGGUUUAAAUCAGUUGUACGCGAUGAGAUACGGUACCAUUCCAGUCGUUCAUGGCACAGGAGGACUUAGAGAUACAGUUGAGAAUUUCAACCCUUAUGCAGAAGGUGGAGCUGGUGCUGGUACAGGAUGGGUGUUCUCUCCCUUGUCGAAAGAUAGCAUGGUUUCGGCCUUGAGGUUGGCUGCAGCAACGUACAGAGAGUAUAAGGAGUCGUGGGAAGGAUUGAUGAGAAGAGGAAUGAGCCGAAACUACUCUUGGGAAAACGCUGCCGUUCAGUAUGAGCAAGUCUUCCAGUGGGUUUUCAUGGACCCUCCCUACAUCAAGUAG